GCGAUUCGCGAAGAUGUUUGUUUGUUACUUACUCUUAUCAAAAUGACUUCAAUUCAGUUAUAAUUGAGAUGUUGAUUGGUUUUCAAGGGUAACGAAGCGCAAUGAGUGACUUGUCAUACUUUCUCGGCAUCGAUGUCGGCACGGGCAGCACCCGAGCAGCUUUAGUCGCGCAAAAUGGGCAAAUUUUGGCCGUAAGUGUGGAGGAAAUUAAAACUUUUACGUCGUCUGAAGGUCAUUUGGAGCAAAGUUCGAGCAACAUCUUCGAAGGAAUCGUGAAAAAUGUGCGGGAAGUGCUGAAAAAGUGUCCCGAUAGCGGAAAAGUACGAGGAAUUGGAGUUUGUGCAACUUGCAGCUUGGUUGCUAUCGACAAAAAUGGGGAGCCUGUGUCGGUUAGCUUGAGCGGGCGUCAAGAUCAAAACAUAAUUUUGUGGAUGGAUCAUCGCGCGAAAGUCGAAGCCGAUAUAAUCAACGGAAAAAAGCAUGAAAUUCUCAAAUUCGUUGGCGGGCAAGUGUCGUUGGAGAUGGAAGUGCCCAAACUGAUGUGGUUGAAGCGUAAUUUGAGGGAAAAUUUUGAGAAAGUUGCUCAUUUCUUCGAUUUGCCGGAUUUUAUUACGUGGAAACUCACCGGCGGAAGUCCAGAACGUUCUGUUUGCUCCUUGGUAUGUAAAUGGAAUUACGACGCAAUUAACGGCAAAUGGUGUGACGAUUUUUUGCGUGACCUUGACCUCGGGGAAAUAGCUUCUGAUAAUUUUGAGCGCUUAGGGAACAAAGUUCAGUCGCCGGGAGAAGCAAUAAAAGCCGGUCUCUCGCCAGAAAUUGCGAAAAUCUUCGGUUUACGUCCCGGAAUCGCCGUUGCUUCGUCCAUGAUUGACGCGCAUUGCGGUGCUUUGGGCGUUUUAGGCUGCCAAUUGGAAGGUUUGCCCUCAACUUCGUCUCUGACAUCAAAAUUAGCAAUUAUCGCAGGCACUUCUUCGUGUCACAUGUCAAUAACGCGCGAACCGCUUUACGUAGACGGUAUAUGGGGUCCUUAUUACAACGCAAUGUUCCCAAAAACGUUCCUGAAUGAGGCAGGACAGAGCACAAGUGGGCAUUUACUCGAUUUUGUGAUUGAAUCUCAUCCCGCGUACUCUACGUUGAAGAAUAAUUUCCUCACGAAGGUCGAAAUUGUGCGACAUUUGAACGCUUUGAUCCAACAAAUGACGAAAGAUGGCGAAAUUUUUCAUGAAAUCACCAAAAAUUAUCAUGUUUAUCCGGAUUUUCAUGGAAAUCGUUCGCCAUUUGCCAAUCCCGACCUCAAAGGAAUGAUCUGCGGUCUCACCCUGGAGAACGACGAACGAAAUCUCGCGAAAUUGUAUCUGGCGACGAUGCAGGCACUCGCUUACGGCACAAAACUCAUCAUUGAUCAACUUUACGAUGCCGGUAGGGAGAAAUUUGCUGCUGUUUUGAUGUGCGGCGGACUUUCGAAGAACGAAAUUUUUGUUCAAACGCAUGCCGAUGUCCUUGAAAUGCCAAUUGGGUUGCCAGAAACGACAGAAGCCGUUUUGUUGGGAGGUGCAAUAUUAGGCGCGUGUGCUGCUCAGCUCUAUCCGACGUUGGAAGAUGCAACGAACGCAAUGAGCGGAAACGCCAAGACAAUUCAUUCCAAUCACAAGAGUUUCGAUUUUCAUCGCAAAAAGUACAAGGUCUUCCGAAAAAUGGUGCAAGAUCAACUAGAAUACAAACGAAUUAUGGAUGGAAAUUGAUUUCUCGCAAAAAUUUAACAGAAGCAUUUAUUAAUGACAGUUACCAAUUUUUACACAGACACACAAAUUUUAUGUGGAAAUAUAUUCAAGUUGACAACA